AGUGAAACAGCGGCGUGCCGGUAGAAAAAAGCCGUCACGUACAGAGACCGAGGACCAUGACAGACCUCAAAACGAGCAAAGAGCAGAAGUAUGAUCGACAGCUCAGGUUGUGGGGGGAUCAUGGGCAGGAAGCACUUGAAAAUGCCCAUGUGUGUCUCAUCAACGCCACUGCAUCCGGCACUGAAAUCCUCAAGAACCUUGUCCUGCCAGGAAUCGGAGCAUUUACCAUAGUCGAUGGACACAAAGUCUUAGGGGAAGAUGUUGGAAACAACUUUUUUCUCAGUAACAGCAGCAUUGGGAAGAACAGGGCUCAGGCUGCUACUGAACUGCUCCAGGAGCUCAACAGUGAUGUGUCUGGAAACUUUGUGGAAGAGUGUCCCGAUAAGCUUUUGGACAACGACCCUGAGUUUUUUCACAGAUUUAGUCUGGUAAUUGGCGUCCAGCUUCCAGAAAGCACAUGCUUGAGGCUGGCCACUGUGUUAUGGGAGGCUGGUGUGCCGUUCCUUGUGUGUAGAACAUAUGGACUCAUUGGUUACAUGAGGCUGAUUGUGAAGGAGCACACAGUGGUGGAGUCUCAUCCAGAUAAUGCCUUAGAGGACCUGAGACUAAACCAGCCGUUUUCAGAGCUCAAACAACACGUAGAGUCUUAUGACCUGGACAACAUGGAGAAGAAGGAUCACAGUCAUACACCAUGGGUCAUUGUGGUUGCCAAAUACUUGGAAAAGUGGUAUAGUGAGCACAACUCUCACUUACCGAAGAAUUAUAAAGAGAAGGAAGCUUUUAGACAACUCAUUAGAGAAGGAAUUCUAAAGAAUGAGAACGGGACACCUGAAGAUGAAGAGAACUUUGAGGAGGCGAUCAAGAAUGUGAACACGGCUCUGAACCCCACCAAGGUCUCCAGUGCAACGGAGGACAUUUUUAAUGCUGAACAGUGUGAAAACAUUACCUCACAGAGUGCAUCCUUCUGGGUGAUGGCACAUGGAGUGAGGGACUUUGUUCAGAACGAGGGGAACGGAAACCUCCCUGUGCGAGGAACCAUCCCAGAUAUGAUUGCUGAUUCAGACAAAUUCAUCAAGUUACAAAACGUCUACAGAGACAAAGCCAUGAAGGACACAGCUGUUGUGUCCAAACAUGUUGAAACGCUUCUACAAUCAGUUGGCAAGACUCCAGAGAGCAUCUCUGAACAGGAAAUCAAACUCUUCUGUAAGAACGCAGCUUUCCUCCGAGUGGUGCGCUGCAGAUCUCUGGCAGAAGAGUACAGUGUAGACACUUUCAAUAAAGAUGAAAUCACGUCCUGUAUGGACAGCUUGGACAGUGAGAUGGUUCUGUACCUCAUGCUCCGCUCAGUCGAUCGCUUCUAUCAGCAACACUCACGUUACCCAGGUGUCUACAAUUACCAGGUGGAGGAAGACAUUAACAAACUCAAGCUGUGUGUAAACAGUUUUCUACAGGAGUACGGUCUGAAUGUCAAUGUGAAAGAUGACUACGUCCAUGAGUUCUGCCGUUAUGGAGCUGCUGAGCCACACACUGUUGCAGCUUUUCUGGGAGGAUCAGCGGCUCAAGAAGCCAUCAAAAUCAUCACGCACCAGUUUGUACCUUUCAACAACACGUUCCUCUAUAACGCCAUGUCACAGACCUCUGCUACUUUUCAGCUGUAGAUCAAUCAUCCCAUCUGUUUGUUCAUUCCUAUAACAAAGUGUUGGUCUCAAAUUGGCACUCAAGUUUGUUUAUACUUGCUUUGAUCGAUGGUGUCGCUUUAUGACACGACCAGAAAUGAUGCUGCACACUGAAUAAACCGUGCAUCUCCAAA